AGCUCCAGGCCUGUUUUGGCACAGCCCGGAGGCCCCGACGACGCCCCGCGGCGGCCCCGCUGCGCGCACACUCCGCGCGAUGCCCCGCACGGCCCGGGCGCGCGCGGGGCCCCUGCUGGCCGCGGCGGCGGCCGUCUGGGGCGGCGCGGCGGCGUUCGCCGCUCCGAGGGCUUCUGGCCAGCUGCUGCGCCAGCCGCCAGCUGCUGCGGAGCUGCCGCCUUCGGCGGGUAGCACCUCUCCAGAGGCUGUGGAGAGCUUGCGGCAGACCUCGCCGGACGCUACCUGGUUCAGAUCGUUGGUCGCUGGCGCUGCGCUGGGGCUGGUUGCGGCCGCGUUUGUGCCAGCGGCCUCAGCCGCGGACCUGAAGAACGGCGAGGCCGUCUUCAACAACAUCUGCGCCGCGUGCCACGUGGGAGGUGAUAAUUUGGUAUCCUCGGAGAAGACCUUGAAAGCGGAUGCUCUCGCGAAGAACGGAAGAAGUGAGCUUGCUAAUAUCAAGGCGAUCGUGGCUGGAGGGAAUGGGGCCAUGCCCGCGCUGGGCCAGAUCCUGGACGCGACUGAGAUCGACGACGUUGCAAACUACGUGCUGGGCAAGUCGAAGACCGGGUGGAAGUGACGGGCCAGCGGCAGCGGCGGUCGUGGCGCGAGCUCGAGCUUGCUCCAAGAUGGCCUACAGGUCUGCAUGCGUAGCCGGAGUUUUCGUUGGCAGAUGGGGUCUUCAAUUUUUUAACGCUAAGGUGCUGCCAUUCUCGCUUCGGGUGCAGCUUGCACUUGUUGGGCGAGCGUGGUGCGCCCCGCCUGCGCACAGUUGAUACGACAGAACAGUCGCGAUUGGCGCAAAGAAAUGCUGCUUUGCAGGGCUUAAAUUUAGGUUUACUGAGCGAAGUAUCGUGAA